AUGCCUCCCAGGCGGCGCCAAAGUCCCCCGCCCGACCAAGAUCAUCAGGAGCCACCAUCACCCGGCAACAACAGCGACACCACCCAGUCCCUCGAAGAAGAAGAAGAAGAGCAUGACGACGACGACGCGAUCCAAGUCCCCUUCUACAACACGACCUUCUCUGCCCACCGCGUCUCGCCCCUCCACCUCGGCGCCGAGCCGCUGACCGCCCCGCGCCUACGCCUGCUCGCGCAGCGCCUGCGAGACCGCCUGGUCGGCGACGUCGUGCGCGGCGUCGAGGUCGGCAGCGUGGAGGUCGACGGGCGCGCGGGCGCGCUCGAGAGCGUCGAAAUGCGCUGGGUCGGCGUCGCGGAUGUGUUGGGUGUUUCCCGGGAGCAGCUGGAGGAGGAAGCGGAGGAGGGAACGGCGGAGAAGGUGACGCUGCGCCCGGGCAGCAAGGCGCUGCACGUCGCCUUGCGGUACGAGAUGGCGUCGUGCACCGCGCUGUUGCUGCCGCCGCUCGAGGAGCCCCGCCGGCGCGGGGUGGAUGCUGCGGCCGCGGCGUUCUCGGUCGGGGCGGCAGCACUGCAGCAGCAACAGCAGCAGUCGGUCGACGCGUCGUCGUCGUCGCGAUUUCUCGCGCUCCCGCUCCUCCUCCUCCGCAUGCCGGCCCCGCUGAAGACCGUCGUCAGCGACUUCCUCGCCACCACCUUCGACUGCCGCGUCAGCCCCAUGCGGCUCGGCACCCGGAGCUUGGUCCACAGCUGGGAGGCCUGGAUCCGGUCCGCCGGCCUCCCGUCUCGCGGCCCGCUGGCCAAAGACGUGGUGCUCACUCUGGGGUUUUACGUCCCACCGCCCAACAGGCUGAGUGCCGCUCCGGAGCAGCGUUCUGGCGAGGACGAGGGUGCUGAGGCCGACCAGCCGCUGGGCCUCAGGUCCAUCGACGUCAUCAUCCCGGCCGCCGAACUGCGCAAAUUCGUCGCCGCCGGCAAGCGCCUGCCACAACCCCAGGACAAGCAACCGGCGUCGACCACGCCCGGCUGGGAACACGACGACAAACAGCGACGGAGGCUGGCCGGGCGUCUGUACGAAGAGGGCUGGGAGUGGCGGGCGGCCCCGGACGCGGCGGCGCGCCAGCCGUUCACCGAGGCGCUGGCCUGCUACCUGCAGGAACACCUGGCGCUGAACCUGUUCCACCCGGGCGUGAGGGUCACCAAGGUUGCCUGCGCGGGAUUUGUCAUGUCGGAAACGCGGCUGAAGGUGUUUGCGCCCGGGGGCUCGGCGGACGGAGCCGAAGUAGGCUGGCGGCGCGCGGUGCUCGAGUUGCUCGCCGCGCUGGUCGACAAGGCGCAGGUUCAGAUGAUCGCGGCGUGA